AUGGAGAAGGUGAACAUCGAGCCAUGUGUGAAGAUGGACACCCAAACCCUUGAUCUUCUCAAGAUAAGAGAUGAUGUCACAUGGUACAUAAGGAAGCUAGGCUUGAGCAAGCUCUUCAAGCUAGAAUGUAGUGAGUACUCACAACUCACCAAGGAGUUCCUCUCUACAGUAGCUCUUGCCUUUCCCAACCACAAUGGAGACCAACCAGCUGGUGAUGGACUCCUACUCUUCAAGAUAGGCGAUGCCAAUGGGCGCAUCUCCAUCUCAGCUCUAUGCCAACUCUUUGGACUUCCCAAUGAGACAGCACAUGACUUCAAGGAGAACUCAAAGAGGAAACAAGCUGCCUUUGCUGAUUGGACACACUUUGCCAAUGAACCAUUCUUGCCUUCAAGGUCAAAGGUGUCUAGAAUCACUCAUCCAGCCAUUCGCUAUGUGCACCGCCUCAUCUCCACCACUUUCCAAUGCAAACAAGAAGCCAACAAGGUCACAACUGAUGAGUUCUACAUCCUCACCACACCAUUCAUCAAGCAUGAGUACAAGGCCAACCUUGGACUUUUACUUGCCAAGACAUUCAUCAAUGUGAGGAAGCUAGCUAAAGACUUGGAAGGCAACAAGAAGCUUUGUGUUCGUUUUGGGAGGCUUAUCACGGCCAUAGUACUGCAUGUGGGGAUUGACAUUCCCAACUAUGAGCCACUACCCAAGCCAACCCCUUUGGAUCUCCAUGCUCUUCAGCACAUCCACUUCCUAAACCGUUGGACUAAAGACCCAACUCGGUUUUGCUAUGAGUUUCCAAUUGGUCCAGCCAACACUUCCCUUGUCUUGCUGCCACAUGAGACAUCCCAAGCCUACGCUCAGGAGUUGUCACUUUCCAGCCCAAUGAGGAAGAUUCUAUGUUCCAUCAAGUGA